AGAUAAUUCAGAUAUUUACAGAUGCGGAAUGUAUUUUGUAUACUUUGUACUAUUUAUGUGUGCAUAGAAAUAUUUACAUCGUAUAUUAGUUGUGUAGAGUCUGAUACUGAUGAAAAUGAUGAUGAACCGAGUGUUUACACACUAUCUGAUGAGAAACGUUUAAUUAAACGUUUAUUAAACAAAUAUCAAGCUGCAGGAAUAACUGGUCGUCCAGUAAAGCAUACAUCGGAAAAAGUUCUUGUGGAAAUGUCACUUUCAUUAAUACAAAUAUUGGAUUUAGAUGAAAAAAACCAAGUAUUAACUACAAGUGUAUGGUUAAAUUAUCGCUGGACCGAUCAUAUUCUGAAAUGGAAUCCAGACAAUUAUUCACAAAUUCAAGAAGUCCGUGUUCCAUAUAAGCACAUUUGGACACCAGAUAUUGUAUUAUAUAACUACGCCGAUGAACGAUUAAAAGAAAUGCGUGAUGCUAUGGUUAUCGUACAACAUACUGGAGAAUUAACCUGGAUUCCACCUGCAAUUUUUAAAUCUUCAUGUAAAAUAGAUAUAAAAUCGUUUCCAUUUGAUGAACAAACAUGUCAUUUGAAAUUUGGAUCUUGGACAUAUGAUGGAAAUAAAUUAGAUGUUUCUUUUAUUAAUAAUGAAGCACAAGUUCUGUUAAGUGAUUAUACAGAAAGUAAUGAAUGGGAAGUAAUUGCACGUCCAGCUUUAAGGAAUGUAAAAUCAUAUCCUUGUUGUCCAGAAUUUUAUCCUGAUUUAACUUUCUUUCUAUUCCUAAGAAGGAAUGCUGCAUUCUUUUCAUACAUUUUGGUUCUACCAUGUGUGUUACUGGCAUCAUUGACACUUGUCAUUUUCUGGUUACCUCCAGAAUCACCUGCAAAGAUGGUUCUUGGAAUGAACAUAUUUGUGGCCUUCUUUUUAUUGUUGUUAUUACUGGCCGAUUCUACACCACAAGCCUCAAACAGUGUUCCUUAUAUUGGUUAUUACUACUGUUUGAACAUGAUUUUGAUCACAUUAUCUUCUUUUCUCUCUGUAUUUGUGAUUAAUCUGUAUUUCCGUGGUGAUAAAAGAAAUAGGGUGCCACAAUGCUUGAGAAGGUUAUGCCACAUUCUGAAUGGUGUUUGUGAUGGUAAAUGCAGCUGUAAAGAAAGUGAUCAAAAUACACCUUUGGAUGUUGUUGUCAGUAAUUCAAAUUCUACAACAGUCAACCAAAAUAAAAACGAUUAUUCAUCACAAAUGGUACAAAUGAAGUCAGCAUUAGUUAAUUCAAACAACGAACAACAAGAUAUAUCAGGUUAUACUGGAUCUGUUAUUGGAAUGAAGCGUUCUAAAAAGGGUAAAGCACGUUUUGCUAUGGUACAAGAGAAUAAUGGAUUAAAAACUUUAAUUGUAGAUAAUUAUGAUUAUGAUACUGAUACUACUGAACAUAAACGAUAUCGACCAAAUCAGCGUCAUUGUGAAACACAAACUGAAGCGGAUAACUUUAAUAAAGAAUCAAAUUCACAACAGCUCAUGGGAUCAUGUCAAUGUCAUUCAAAAUUAUCAAAAAUACGCAGUCGUUCAUUAACUCCAUCAAAAUUUAAUGAUUGUGAUAUAUUAGGUAAUUCUCAACAACCUUGUACAUGUUGUCAAUAUUAUUAUCGAUCGUAUGCACCAGCAACUCAUUGUACUGUUUGCACUCCAUUAUCAGUUAUAAAUACUUCCACAAAUUCAAGAAUAUUAAAUCCAAGAAUACAAAGUUCAAAACAUGGAAAACAUCCUGAAAAUUGUAAUGUUUGUAAACAACAUCUUAAUGCAUUAAUGUUUAAAACACAUCCUAAUGAUUAUUUUUCUAUAAAUCGUCAUUCAAUAACUAAUUCAUCUAUACCAUUUGAUAGUAAUUCAUUAUGUUCACAUAUUAGAUAUGAAUAUCGUAAUGGUAGACCUGCACUUAUAUCACCACAUGGACGUAAUUAUUUAAAUUCUAAUGAAUUAACUACUAAUCAUACAAAUUUACAAUUAAAAUCAUCUACAUUAGUUAAAACUACAUCAUAUUUAUCUAAUAAUAAUCCAUUAAUUACUAAUUCAACUAUAACAAAUAUGAAUUCAGAUAAAACAACAAUACAACAUUUACAAUUAUCAUCAACAUUAUUAAUAUUAAUGAAAAAUAUAGAGAAUGAAGUAAAUGAUAUACGUUCAAUUGUUAAAUUAUUUUUAUCAAGAAUUGAUAAAAAAGAUACAGAAAAUAUUAUCAUAAAAGAAUGGCGUAUGAUAGCCAUUGUUAUGGAUAGAAUAUUUUUUAUAUGUUAUUUAAUUAUACAUUUAUGUGCAGCAUUUGGUUUAUUAAUACCACGUUCAUCUGAAUAUAAUGUUGUAGAAUUUCUACGUGAAUAUCGAUUAAAAAAUUAUAAUUCAACAUUUUUUGAAAAUGAAACAAUUACAAUAAAUAAUUAUCAAAUGAAAACAACUGAAUUACCUAAUAAUAAUAAUAAUAAUAAUAAUAAUCAAUUUAUGGAUACAAUAGAAAUCAAUAAACAAGUAAAUAACUUAGAUACUAAAAAAUCGAUAAAUUUGGAUAUAAUAAAUAAUGAAAAAACCAUUGUAAUUAAUGAAAAUAAACAUAAAUAUGAUAUGACAAAUUCAUUAGAUAAUAUGAAUAAUUAUUUAUCACCUUAUCAACGAUUAGUUGAUCAACAAUCAAAUAUAUUAAAACAAUAUACUGAAGAAAAAAUUAUUGAUAAUGAUCUAAUUUUACGUAAAUCAGAUCAAUUAAAAAAUCAAUUAAACAAAAGAACUAAUGAUCAUGAAUUAAAAAAUUCUAAUUGAAAAUAUAAAUUGUAUGUUAUAUUAUGUAAUAAAGUUGUUUUCCUUUCUUUUUUUCUAUAAAAGAAAAAGAAAAGAAAAAGUGUCAAUGUUUACUCAGGAAAUUAAUGAAGAAAUAAACAAUAUAAAAAGACGUUGUAUGCACACAAAUUAAUUCCUCAUUACAAAAAUUCUAAUUUCAUUUCUUUCAAAUGAAAUAAAGGUUUAUUUGUUUGUUUGUUUUUGUUCUAUUGAAAUUGUAUCUUUGUAUACAAUUAAAUAAUAAAUGAUCUACUUUCAAUAUCAUUGUGUUGUUGCCAAUACUCAACUGCUCAUAUCUAACUACAAAUACAUUUUAUUCUAUAUGGAAUAUUUACAAAAUCAUAAUUUAUAUUACCAUUAAUUUAUAAUUAUAUACACACUGAAUAAAAGUUGUUUAUUUUUAGGAUAACUUACAAUAAAUAAGGUUGUGAACAAGAAAAUAUUCCGUUUUUUUCACCUUUUAUAUCCUAAAUAGAAUUUAUUGAAAAGAAAAAAAAGAGAAAAAAAGAAAGAAAGGAAAUGUUUUGUGAAACAUUUUCUUCUGAAAUUAUCCUUAUUCUAUUAUUCUUAUGCCUAAUUAUUGAUUUAUUUAUUUACUUUUUAGUGGAAUGUAAUUUGGUUAUGAAAAACAAUGUUUUUGUUUUUGGUGAAUCAAAACAUGUGGUUGUGCUCUUUUGUUUCUUUUUAUUUAUCUUCUUUUUGUUUCAGUAAUAUUGAAUAUUGAAAUUUUCAUUCUUUAGAAGGAGUUUAUUAAGUAAUUCUUCUUAGUUUUGUCAUUUGUUUUUAUACUGUUUAUAUCUAU